AUUAAAGUUGAAAGUUGGAGUAAGUAACACGUGUGAUUCGUGAUUGUUUGUAAACAACAAGUAGAAAAUGAUAUUUAAACUAAAAUAAAUAAAAAUCAACAAUCAAGUUUUAACAGGAGACAACAAUGGAUAGUGAAUUACCCAGCGAAAAAAUGGUCACUGAUCAAAUUUUACCGUCACCUGACGUUGAAGAAUCAAAAAUUGUUGACAGCUUAGAUUUGCCGUCCCAAGUCAUUGAUGAAUCUGAAAUAAACAAUAGUGAAAAAACAGAUGAACUGGCACCUGUAGAAGUAGAAGGAACUGAACCGCAGGAUUCAGUAGAACCAAAACCUGAAGAAACUUCCCUCACUUCUCCAGAAAAAACAGACCAAGUUCUUGAGCCUCUAGAAGCUGAAAAGACUGAGGUAAUAAACUUCUACGACUGGACCCAGAUACCGCGGCUUAUUUGCUCAGUUGCAGAAGAACCCGCAACUGAGUUGGAAAAUCUGACUCGUGGAUGUUCCUGGUCGCCGGAUGGUACGUGUCUUUUGGUACCGUCAGCUGAUUUUAGGAUCCGAGUCUACGAGCUGCCUCGAGAACUCUAUUCAGGAUCAAUGCCGAUAGAGCCUCUGGCUCCAUUGAAUCCAGCGUUUAAAGUUAAAGAGGGAGGUCUCGUUUAUGAUACUUGCUGGUACCCGUGGAUGAGCUCUUGGGAGCCUGAAACUUGUUGCUUUCUCAGUACUAGUAAAGAAACUCCUAUUCAUUUAUGGGAUGCGUUUACAGGGGCUCUGCGUGCUACUUAUCGAGCUUAUAAUCAAGUUGAUGAGGUCGAAGCAGCAGUUAGUGUACAGUUUGCAGAGUCUGGUAGCGUUAUAUGGUCUGGAUUUAACAACGUGCUACGAUCCUUCGACACUAACAGACCAGGAAGACAAAUAAACGAUGUAUUCUUAAAAAAUGACUUUCCAAAUACGCGUGGGAUCAUAAGUUGUAUCCGUGAUAAUCCAGCAAUGCCUGGGUUAAUCGCUUUUGGCACUUACUCUAAAUGCAUUGGAUUAUACAAAGAUGGACCUCUGUGCGUCUUGAAUACUGACAGCGGAGUAACCCAAAUAGAAUUCAGUCCUUGUGGUACCAAACUGUACUCAGCAGUAAGACGCAGCAACGAAUUUAUUUGCUGGGACUUACGCAACCCAGGAAUCAUCUUGAACUCAUUUGAAAAACGACAAGCUGAUACUAAUCAGCGCAUACAAUUUUGUAUUAAUAACAAUCAAAUUAUUUCGGGCGGUACUGAUGGAAUAGCAAGAAUUUGGACCCUCGAUGACUCAGCUGACACAGACCUUUGUCCUUUUUGGAGUGUUAAAUUAUCGGAUGACUGUAUCAAUGGAGUCAGUGCUCACAAAACGCUGCCUAUAUUGGCGACUUGCGCUGGCCAGCGAUUUUUGGACGAAGACAAGACUAGGGAUAACAGCGUUAAACUUUGGUAUUGUGGAACUGCAGCUCAAGACUAGAUCAAAAUCGAUGUAAUACAUAAAAUCCAAUACUUUAAAUUGUAAAUAACUAAAUCUAAAUAAAAAUUACAAAUUA